UGGAAGGACCGUGGAGGAGCUGCUGCUGCCUGCACGUCCGGGCAUACGAGCAGUGAAUCUCGGUGCCCAGGAAAAACACGAAGCGACGAUUGGAAAGUGAAGACAAGGGGAAAGACGCAGGGAGUCCAGGCGCUUAUUUGUGCGUAGCGGACUUGAACCUGCCAUAGUUGCAAUUCUGGAGGGACAGUGCGCAAAUCCAUGAAAACGCGGCAAAGUGGAGCCGGGUGGAAUUCCGAGAUGUGAAGAAUACUCUAACGCACCUGGACCAGCGCUGUGAGCCCGAUCUCUGAUGCACUCUGUCCUCUGGCUUUCUGCGGCUUCCACGCGUGUUUCUGUGUGCUGUAGCCUAGUUGGAAUGAGUGCUUCACGGGGGCAGACAGCAGCAGAGUAGUUUAGUUAAUUGUUUAUUUGAGCAGCUCCUCGUUGGCUCGGCUCAAACACGGAGUAAGUGUCGUUCGGUGUGGAAGAGGAAGGCGGGGCCGAACCGGUGGACUCCCAAACUGGAUUAUUGAGCUUUCCCUGUGCGUUUUCACCCACGGCGACGCAGCGUUUUGGGGGGCGCGGGUUGAAGCAAGCGGUAAUAACUGGGAUUUAGAUCCGAUCCUUGUGAACUCUUCACCGCCUGCCCACUCGCUGCUGAGCCCGAGCAGUCAUCUGUUUGUCAAGCUGCUUGUGGCCUGCCUUGUUGCCUGCACUUACGAAGGAGCAUACUCGGGUUCGGGACGCAUAUUUUGGGGAUACAUUUCCCCCCGGUCGGAGCAUGACUAUGGCGGACGACGACAUUCUCUUUGAAGAUGUGUACGAGCUGUGCGAGGUCAUUGGAAAGGGGCCGUUCAGCGUGGUGCGACGAUGUAUCAACAGAGACACGGGACAGCAGUUUGCCGUCAAAAUAGUGGACGUGGCCCAGUUCACCUCCAGCCCGGGACUCAGCACGGAGGAUUUGAAGAGGGAGGCCAGCAUCUGUCACAUGCUCAAACACCCCCACAUCGUGGAGCUGCUGGAGACCUACAGCUCAGAUGGGAUGCUUUACAUGGUCUUUGAGUUUAUGGACGGAGCAGACCUGUGUUUCGAGAUUGUAAAACGGGCAGAUGCUGGCUUUGUUUACAGUGAAGCAGUGGCAAGUCACUACAUGAGACAGAUCCUGGAGGCGCUGCGCUAUUGCCACGACAACAACAUCAUCCAUAGAGACGUCAAGCCUCACUGUGUGCUGCUGGCCUCCAAAGAGAACUCUGCCCCGGUCAAACUGGGCGGCUUCGGAGUGGCCAUUCAGCUCGGAGAGUCCGGACUUGUGGCUGGAGGUCGAGUAGGGACCCCCCACUUCAUGGCCCCUGAGGUGGUGAAGCGAGAGCCUUAUGGUAAACCUGUGGACGUGUGGGGCUGCGGAGUCAUCCUCUUCAUCCUUCUCUCGGGAUGUCUGCCUUUCUACGGCACCAAGGACCGCCUGUUCGAAGCCAUCUGCAAAGGCAAAUAUAAGAUGAAUCCAAGGCAGUGGGCGCAAAUCUCAGAAAGUGCCAAGGAUCUGGUGAGGAGAAUGCUGAUGCUGGACCCCGCAGAGAGGAUCACAGUCUACGAGGCCCUCAACCACCCCUGGCUCAAGGAGAGAGAUCGGUACGCCUACAAAAUCCAUCUGCCAGAAACGGUGGAGCAGCUGAGAAAAUUCAAUGCCAGGCGGAAACUCAAGGGGGCCGUCCUGGCUGCAGUGUCCAGUCACAAGUUCAAUUCAUUUUACGGAGACCCUCCUGAAGAGCUCCAUGAUUUCACGGAUGACCCCACUUCCUCAGGGGCUGUUUCUCAGGUGUUGGACAGUUUAGAGGAGAUCCACGCGCUCACAGACUGCAGUGAGAAGGACCUGGAUUUCCUCCACAGCGUUUUUCAAGACCAGCAUCUGCACACGCUACUUGAUCUCUAUGAUAAGAUCAACAGCAGGUCCUCCCCGCUGAUCCGAAACCCUCCCAGUGAUGGAGUGCAGAGAGCCAAAGAGAGGCCCUCCCAAGAUGGAGCAAGUGGCGCUUUGAAACAUCUGGAAUAUGUCUUGGAGGAGAUUUCGUGUUACCCAGAGAACCACGAAGCCAAGGAGUUAAGGAGGAUACUGACACAACCGCAUUUUAUGGCUUUGCUACAGGCUCACGACGUCGUUGCCCAUGAGGUGUACAGUGACGAGGCUCUGAGGGUGACCCCGCCCCCCACCUCGCCGUACCUGAACGGAGACUCGCCCGAGAGCACCAACGGAGACAUGGACCUGGAGAACGUGACCCGAGUGCGGCUGGUGCAGUUCCAGAAGAACACAGAUGAGCCAAUGGGCAUUACGCUCAAGAUGAAUGACUCCAAUCACUGCAUCGUGGCCAGGAUCAUGCACGGAGGAAUGAUCCACCGACAAGGAACGUUGCAUGUAGGAGAUGAGAUCAGGGAGAUCAAUGGUAUCAGUGUGGCCAAUCAGACGGUUGAGCAGCUGCAAAAGAUGCUGAGGGAGAUGAGAGGAAGCAUCACUUUUAAAAUUGUGCCAAGUUACCGGAGUCAAGGCUCAUGCGAGAAAGAGUCCCCCAACACCUCCAGGCAGUCCCCCGCUAAUGGCCACUCCAGCAUUAACAGUUCAAUAUUGGACCUGCCUUCCACCAUUCAGCCCAAGGGUCGGCAGAUUGUUGCCAGACCUCCAAUCAAGGACAAAAUGUCUGUGAAGAUUUAUGUCCGAGCCCAGUUUGAGUAUGACCCGUCUAAAGAUGAGCUCAUUCCCUGCAAAGAGGCUGGGAUUCGGUUCCGAGUUGGAGACAUUAUCCAGAUUAUCUCCAAAGACGACCAUAACUGGUGGCAGGGCAAACUAGAAAACACAAAGAACGGCACGGCGGGGCUCAUCCCAUCACCCGAGCUGCAGGAAUGGCGUGUGGCGUGUAUAGCCAUGGAAAAGACCAAGCAGGAACAGCAGGCCAGUUGCACCUGGUUUGGCAAGAAAAAGAAACAGUACAAAGACAAGUAUUUGGCAAAGCACAACGCAGUGUUUGACCAACUAGACCUCGUCACAUAUGAAGAGGUCGUAAAGCUCCCUGCUUUUAAAAGGAAAACACUAGUUUUGUUAGGUGCUCAUGGUGUGGGCAGAAGACACAUAAAGAACACUCUCAUAACAAAACAUCCUGACAGAUUCGCCUACCCAAUCCCACACACAACCAGACCUCCAAAGAAGGACGAAGAGAAUGGCAAGAACUACUACUUCGUCUCCCACGACCAGAUGAUGCAGGACAUCAGCAACAACGAGUACCUGGAGUACGGCAGCCACGAGGACGCCAUGUAUGGCACGCGGCUUGAGACCAUCCGCAAGAUCCACCAGCAGGGCCUCAUAGCCAUUCUUGAUGUAGAGCCCCAGGCCCUGAAGGUUUUGCGGACAGCUGAGUUUGCUCCAUAUGUCGUGUUUAUCGCUGCACCAACGAUCACACCAGGAAUAAAUGAGGAUGAGUCCCUUCAGCGGCUGCAAAAAGAGUCUGAAAUCCUCCAAAAGACAUAUGCGCACUACUUUGACCAGACUAUUAUCAACAAUGAAAUAGAUGAGACCAUUAGGCACCUGGAGGAGGCCGUGGAUCUGGUGUGCACGUCCAGUCAGUGGGUGCCUGUGUCCUGGGUUUACUGACCGCCAUCGCCUCCUUCUACCUUAAUGCCAACAAAUCUCCUCUUCAAACUUUGAAAAGAAAUACCAGAACUCAUGGGAGAACUUUCUACACUGCACUUGGAUGGACAAAUACUCAGCAUACUGUGAAUACAACCACAGCAUUGGAUCGAAAUCUACUCCAAAACGCUGCACAAAACAGUUAAAGCAGCCGUCCCCCUACAGACAACCUAGUCAUAAUGUUGUAUAAAAUAAAUAAAGUGAAUAUUGUCAUGUCUGUAAUAGCUACGAGGCAACAUUUUUGUAGAUGUUUGUUUCUGAAAGAGACAGUACCGUGUCCCUUGUUUUUCCAUCCAUUGUAGUCUUGCCCAUUCACAAAAAGACAAUGUCAGUGGACUACAACUCCCAAGUAAAAGCACACAGACACUGCAAUGUCUCCAAAAUUGUCAUCUGUAUUCAUUAAGCAUUCCCAUUUUGACAAGCUGUUCAUGUCUGGUUACAUCAAAAGGUACUGUCUCUUAAUAAACCAUGCAUCGUUAGCGAUUUGAAUGAGAUUAUUGUGCAUGUGGACAUUUGCAAGUAUCCAAGCCAUCAGUCAGUGUUCCCUGUGCCCCUGUGUAAACCGAAGGAAGAAAGAAAGAAGAAAAAAUAUUUUGACACAUUCCAGCAGUUUGAUGGACUGAGCUCAGCCAAGACAAAGGGAGUAAAAAAUAAACAGGAUUGGCACCUAUGCACAUCCCAUACUCGGAAACGGUUCGAAAAGAAACACACAUUUCUAAACAUUGAUCAUGUAGUGAGAUGUGUUUGUACAAAAUAAAUCAAGUUAAAGUCUG